AUUCUGGUUUCAUUGUUAUUCUGUCCGUCUGCCUUGGACUCAUGAAGCAACAUGCAAGUCCAUCAAUAGCAGGACCUUCGAGACUUCCAGAUGAGCAACUAGCCCCUGUGGCUACCUUGCGCGCUGGUCCAUCUUCGCUCCAGGUGGAGCCGGAGUCGUUUCGACGUCCAUCUUUCCAUCCCAGUUCCUCAUUCCCGCACUCAGCCCUGACGGAUCGCUUGACUCGCUCGCAAGCAGAUACAGGCCAAUCCUGGAUCAUUAGUCUGUCUCACAACGUUCACUUUUCUCGGCAUGCCUUCUUCGCGGGCGUCAAAGACUUGGCUGUGCACCCUGAACGUAACUCGACGGUGAUAUUGAGAGCGGACCCAUUACCCCCUAAGCCAACGCCUUCCAUCGCCACCCAGACACGGCAAAUCAAUCAGGAUGACCCGAAAGGGGCUGAGAAGGUGCACUCGAACCCGAUUGCAGAAACAUUCAGUGCUUCCGAUGAGGAAGCAGUAUGGCUCGGACUCAGUCGUCGAGAGGAAUUCCGCCUACGACUUAUGCCGAAGCAAGUCAAACGGGAUGGCAAGCUGGAUCAACGCAUAGCGAUAUACGAGUCAGAAAGCUCCCCAGCAAAGCAUGACUCGACUACGGGCCAAGCAGAUCAUGGACAUGACGCGGAAUGGGGCAUGGUAAUGAUGAUUCCAGAGGUCAAAUCGGCCGAUGAAAUCCCGUUCUAUCACCCCGUCGUAUCAAAGCUGGCUUUCCUGUACGAGGGCGUAAAGAGGGACGAGGAGGAGACACGAGUCGCGGCCGAAGGCUCUGAGCUGGCCCCUCAUAUAGAGAGCGAGACGACAUCGAAGGGCUCGUCGUUGCCUAUUCGCGGCAGAAUAUACGUCGCUUAUCUACCUCUGCAUUCACUCUUCACCCGGAACAGCGCCAAGCGUAGCGAACCCCCACCAGGACCCCUCAACGGCGGAGGUCCCUCAGGUGUGUCGACAGCGGCUGAGUUCAGUCGACCUCCCAAUCUCCUGCUCGCGGCUGCACGAAGGACGCCUCCGAAACGACGCUCUCCCCUUUCGCAAUCUACUUCCAGCGAUACUUCUGAUACUUCUCGUGUGGAUUCUGAGAUCUCGUCAAGUCACAAGCCGGGGUGGUCCAAGCCCAUGCAUACUGCCAGUAGCAGUGCCGUGGAUCAGAAUCGCCUAAAUCGUACCCUGCUGGCUUUGUUCGAACGCGUCUUCAAACACGGAUACAACGGUAUCACACCAUAUCAGAAACGAGUCACUCACGAUGUCCUGGUCCAGAAGGAGUCAUUUCAAGACUUGUAUCUCGAGCUCAAAGACCGACAUCGACACCUCGAUUCGAGGGCUCCAAGGGCAGGGUCAACCACAGUUGAGGAUGUCAAGAGACACGUCUGGAAGGACGUCGCGAUCGCCGCUUUCCUCAUGCUCCUGUGGAGAGACAUGUAUCCCGCUCAGGAGUCAUCAAAAUCUAUCGAGGGAAAACCGUGGAACUCUUGGGGCCGCCCGCCUGGUGGCUUCAUUGAUCUUGGCUGUGGUAAUGGACUCCUCGUACAUGUCUUGACCUCGGAAGGCUAUAGCGGCAAAGGAUACGAACUGCGGGCUCGCAGGACCUGGCCUUUAUAUCCUCCUGAGACUAGGUCUGCUCUGGUCGAACUGCCUAUAGAUUUCCCUUCGUGGUUCCCACAGACUGUCGAAGAGUGGACGGCGGGGUCGUGGCCUGGGCGGGAUUCUUGUGCCAUAGUAUCAGACUGCUUCGUCAUCGGCAACCACGCAGACGAGAUCACCCCGUGGAUACCACUCCUCUCUUUACUGCCCCGGGUUCCUGUGCCGUAUCUCUCCCUUCCAUGUUGUUUCCACACCCUCGACGACACCUUCAAUCCUCUCAAUUUCAAUCCUCCCGCCCAUCCACACAGCCCACCUGGAAACUUUGCUGAAGGUCUCGAAGAGGGACAAAGCAGGUAUAAAGCUUACAUCAUGUGGCUUGGGUACUGUGGAUUACUGUGCGGCUGGGAGUGGGAAAAGGAAAGUUUGAGGAUACCAUCUACAAAAGGCUGGGCCAUCAUUGCUCGAAGGCGAUGGACAACGACCGACGAGGAGCUGCUCGCAUGUCGACAAUGGGCACUGGAGCAGGUCGAUGUAGUGAGAAAGCGGGGCAUGUUCAAGGUCCGAGAGCGGGAGGGCAAGGAUCAUUGAUGCAAGGUACUUUCAUGCGAUGUGAACGAAAAGGAUGGUAACCAGACUGAUCAGGACCUUCGUUACCUAUGCAUACGAUCUAACGACCCGCUGCCGACAUCAUUAUGGCCAAGACGGAGCGCUU